AUGGACAGAAGGCUAAUUGAGGCUGCUCACAAGGGAGAUGUUCAUCAGCUGCAAAAUCUGAUCAAAGACGAUCCUUUCCUGAUGAAGGCUGUAGCAUUAUUAGGUGGAGAAACUCCGUUACAUAUUGCUUGUAUGGGGGGAAACCUGAGUUUUGCGAAAGAGGUUCUAAAUCUGAGUCCAGAAUUCGCAAAAGAUUUGAGCCGUGAUGGCUUCAGUCCCCUGCAUAUUGCUGCAGCUAAUGGGGAUUUAGAGAUCGUGAAAGAGCUCCUGAAAAUAGGUGAUAUUUUGUGUCUGGUUAAGGGAAAGGAAGGAAGAAUUCCCCUACACUAUGCAGUUAUCAAAGGCAGAAUACGAGUCAUUGAAGAACUGAUUUCAGCCAGUGAAGAUAGNGAGGAUAUAUUGAAUGAGAAGGAUGCACAAGGGAACUCCAUCUUGCAUCUUGCAGUCUCCAUAAAGCAAUACGAGGUUGUUGAGUUGAUGCUGGAUGAGAAAUUUGUUAGGAAAGGCUUGUUGGAGGUGAAUUCCUUGAACAAAAGGGGACUUACACCACUUGACGUAUUACUAUCAGAAGGGGGUGAUGGUGAAAUUGAGGAAAUGCUUAGGCUAGCUGGGGCUUCAGUGCGACAGACAACACAAACUGAGAACAGGGUCGUUCCCACUCGUGAUCCAAACGAUGAAUUAAGGAGAGAUCGGCCUCGGAAGCCCUAUGAGAAAUUGCAGGACUACUUCAAAUUUGACAAAGCUAAAGAGACUCCAAGUGACGUUCGAAGUACAUUGCUUGUGGUAGCUAUAUUAAUCACAACUGCAACAUAUCAAUCCGUCCUUAGUCCACCUGGUGGUGUUUGGCAGGAAGACUUUAGCCCUACCAGUAACAGUAACACCACACAGCCACCAGCACAUACUGCUGGAAAGGCAGUGAUGGGAACACAGAAUUCAGUUUCAUUCGGUCUAUUCCAGAUUUUCAACUCAAUUGGGUUUUUCACAUCUGUUCAGAUGAUAUAUUUUCUCACUUUUGGAUUCCCUUUACAAUUGGAAUUGCGAGUCUCACUUUUGGCACUCUCAGUAACGUACGAUACUUGUAUGAUCGAGAUGGCACCUGGCAAUCAGUCCCUAUUAUUUGUUAUCAUUUCCAUUGCUACGCCAUUAAAGAUAGGCAUUCUUUCAAAGGUGGCCAGAGAUUACUGUAAAAAACCAUCAGGUGCAGACUCUCCAACAGAUUGCUUGCAUGGGGGGCAGCCUUCAUUUUGUGAAAGAGGUCUUAAAUAUGAUGCCGAAAUUAGCAGAAGAAUUGAACCACAAGUGUUUCAGUCCAUUGCAUAUUGCGUGAUCAAAGGUAGGACACAAGUGAUGAGAGAUCUGCUUUCAGCCUUUGAAGAUAGCAUAAGAGAAGUGACAGCUCGUGGUGAAACUUUGCUCCAUUUAGCAGUGUAA